AUGAACGCUGACUCUGGUGAGGAGUCACGUGAGCCGUUGCUCCGCGGCGGGCACAGUAACGAUAGCAACAACCACACCGACACCAAUGACGCUGGAACGACGGAGGUGCACAUUACAGCGGACGUCACUCCGAAACCAACAAUGGACAUUCUUCUGCGCUCUGAGCAGCAACUCAACACUCGCCGCCACCUCUGGCAAGCGCAGAUUCACGCACUGCUUGGACCGGAACCGCCGUAUGCCUUGCGGCCAGAAGACCGUGCCGGUUUUUUGUUCGGUAGGUUAUACCACACUUGGACGGGGCCGCUGAUGUCCCUGGCGGCACGUGGCGUAUCACUGGUCCCGGAGGAUAUUCCUCUUCCUACCCGUGAUGUGCGAGCCUUCAAUAGCGGUCUACGGCUAUUGCAAACGCUUGAAGAACAGAAAUUCAGACGUUUCGGGUGGGAUUCCUAUACCGCAGAUGGAGACGAUGCUGCUGUCGUGCGGCACAGGCGUGACCGACAAAGUGUUGGGCUGCUGCGAUGGGUGGGACCGGUUCAACAGUUGCGGCGUCCGAGACAAAUGUACGCUGGUGUCGAGUGGAAGUCGGCGCCCCGACACCGCGUGCGGGAGCAAAGGAGAAGCAUGCGGAAACGUGAGAAGAAGGGGGAGGAAUUGGAUACAAACGGCGAGAAAAAUGUGAUGCCUUUUCACAAUGGCGUGAUAGAUGGAGAGCACCUCUUUUCUACCACGGACGGGGCCCACACCGCAACGUGUGAGGCUGUCGGCGACAUCGUCUUUAUUUCGCCAUUUGAAUCACAAGGACAGGAAAGGCAGUCGAACCCACAGGGUUCCACCCGGAAGACGUACAAAAAUGGCAUCUUCAUGCCCAUCACAUCACAAAAGCCACCCAAGCACAUAUCUGUUGCCCGUGCACUCUUUGACACGUUUGGCUCUAGCGUGUACAUACUUAUCCCUAUUCAAAUGUUGCAGGAUGCUUGUCAGCUUGCGGCCCCUGUCAUACUGCAAAAGUACAUUGAGUAUGUGCAGAUGAGUGAUCAGGACUGGAAAGGUGGAGUGGCACUUGUCGCAACCCUCUGUUUUUUCUCACUCGUGCAAAGUGCCGCUGGUAAUAAGCUUACACAGAUGUCGCGUCGUGUGGGACUCACUUUCCACAAUGCCUUGCUUACUGUUCUUUUCACAAAGUGCGCUACAGUCGCGCGAAAGGGGCUUGCCCACCCUGACAUGAGUGUUGGCCGCAUUGUAAAUAUGGUUAGCAACGAUGUGGGGAGUGCCCGGUCACUUCCAACCCUACUGCCUAUAAUGGUAGGCGCCCCAUUGCGGUUGGCGGUUGGGGCCCUUCUGCUCUAUCAAUUGGUUGGGCUCAGCGCAUUGGCGGGGCUCGGUGUUGUGCUUGUGUUUUUGCCACUGCAGGGGGUCCUCAUGGGACGUUUCUUUGGGUUUCUAAACACCAUCGCCCGGCUGAGGGACGAACGCCUAAAGGCAACGAAUGAGCUUCUUUCCGGAAUCCGUGUGGCAAAGUACAUGUCGUGGGAGCCAGCACUUGUCUGUCAGAUCGAGAAGAAGCGACGGGAGGAGCUCAAAGCCUUGCGGUCGAUUCAGCACAUGUAUAUAAUCGUUGCCUUUUUGUCCAACGCCGUCCCUUCGCUGGUUGUUGCCGCAGUGUUUGUACUCUUUCACGUCCUAGGAAAUGAGCUAACACCUACUGUUGUCUUCCCCACCAUUGCCCUGUUCCGCCUCAUUCAAAUGCCAUUCAUUAUGAUCCCCGUGUCGGUGUCAGCGUUCAGCCGUUUCAUUGUUUCGAUGCGGCGCAUAUCCGCCUUUCUGGAGAAUGACGACGUGGAGAGCGGUCUUUUAGAAAUGCAAAAACAUGAACGAGACGGAAGACAAAUAAGGGGGCCAGACCAUAUCCGUUGGUCACUCAUUGGGGGAGACAGCACAGCGGUGAUUGAGUUCAUGAACGCUGCGAUAUCUACGUACGCGCCCCACAAGCUACCUCCCUGCGAAAGCGAACUGAAGAAAGCGAAUAAAAAGGGGAAAAGUAAUGGUGGUAUAACCGGUGACCGUGUGGAAGGCGGUGAUGAUGCGGAUGACAGAGAAGGCAGAGGAGACAUUCAAACUACCGAAAAUAACAAUGGCAACGCCGGUGGGGGCCGAGGCCACGGUCACGGCCAAUCACACGCGCACGGUCAUGGACAUGGCCAUGGUGCUGCUGAUGGUACAACGGAGUACUACGAAGUACGCCGGAAAGAGCUCUUGCAUAAUGUCACGCUACGCAUUCCGAAAGGAAGCCUCACGUGUAUCGUGGGUGAGACCGGCUGCGGCAAGUCGACGUUGCUUGAGUCGUUGUUGCCCGGUGGAUAUGAAAUUACGAGCGGCACCUUGAGGGCUCCAGCGACGGUGGCAUACGUCCCGCAGCAGCCAUGGAUAAUGAACGCAACGCUCAGGGAAAAUAUUCUAUUCUUCAGCGACAUGGACGAGGCCCGUUUCCGCCGGGCGCUCCGCUGCGCACAGCUCGAUUGUGACUUGGAAUUGCUGGCCAACGGUGUGGAAACGGAGAUUGGGGAAAAUGGUGUGAACCUCAGUGGUGGGCAAAAGGCACGUGUGGGGCUCGCCCGCGCUUUGUAUGCUGAGCGUGACGUAUACCUUCUGGACGACCCCCUUUCCGCAUUGGACGUCCAUGUUGGCGAAAAGGUAUUGCAGGACUGUUUGCUGGGUGAGCUAAGCGGCACCACGCGGGUACUUGCUACCCAUCAGCUGCAUGUCCUUCGGCACGCAGAUUUGAUUGUGGUUUUAGGCAGCGAAGGAACCACUGUUUUUACCGGGAACUAUGAGGAAUACAAAACCUUCACCGGGGAAGCAGCCGGAGACUCCCAUCGCGGGGAUGACGACGUAAACGACGGUCAAAGUGCGAAUGAUAACAGUGCUUGUGAUGAGACCCACGAAGGCAUAUCUACCGAGAUGCCACGGGAGCGUGAUGACACGAUGGGACCUGGAGAGCGCGAUAACGGGGUAACUACAUGGGACCCUUUAAAUAAUGUUGAAACUACGAGUCAUGGAAAUGGCGGUGACGUCGCAGCUUGCGAAAGUCCCCUUAUCGACGACUACUGUGACGACAGCCCCGCGGAAACUGGAGCCGCGAAUGGGAAACACACCAAACUCCAAAAACUGAGUCCAUUGGAGGAUGGGAAAAAAGAAGUUUCUGGGAAGCUUAUGACAGACGAAGAGGUAGCCACAGGUUCUGUGCCAUUUGCUGUUUAUGCGCGGUACGCAGCGGCCAGCGGUGGCGCCAAGACGUGUGUGCCUCUACUUAUUCUUUUUGUGCUGACUGAGGUGGUGAUGGUUUCGCCCUUUCUAUGGCUCUCAUUUUUUACAAUGAAGACGUUUAACUUGCCCGUUAAUACGUACCUGUUUGUGUACGGGGGACUCGUAUUCGCCAGCGUACUUUGUUCCCCACUGCGGUGGGCUACCGGUUAUGGGGUUCUUCGUGCAGGCUCCUACAGGCUUUUUGAGAGGUUGCUGCGCUCCGUCGUGGCAGCCCCCAUGUCGUUUUUCGACACAACACCGCUUGGUCGCGUGAUUAACCGCUUCUCUAAAGAUAUGACCAACAUCGACGAAAUUAUUCCCGAUAGUAUCGUAUACCUUGUACAGUGUGCUUUAUCUCUCACCUCUUCUGUUGCUGUGAUGGUUGCCUCGCAGUAUCUUGUCAUCGCGGCCAUCAUUCCUUGCGGAUUUAUCUAUUACAGGUUGAUGUUGUUUUACAACAACGCUAACCGUGAGUUGCGGCGCGUGACAAAUCGCGUGAGCUCACCCGUUUUUUCAAUUCUCGGUGAGAUGCUAGCGGGUCGCAGCUGCAUGGAUGCUUUUGGGAAGACCCCUUCCUUUCUCACGGAAGCUCUUCGCCGUGUCGAUGUUGUGUCGGCAUGCUCAUAUGUGGAGGUGGUUUGCAACUGCUGGUUAGCGGUCCGCAUUGAUCUUCUUGUCACUGUGGUGCUCACUGCCAUUUCCGGACUCGGUGUCUAUCUGGUGUUGCAGUUCGGUACCGUCGAUGUCGGGCUCCUUUCGCUGAGUUUGACGAUGGCGGUGAACAUCAGCACGAUUCUCACAUCAAUGGUGGGCCAGGCUGCCACUGUGGAAGCGAAUAUGAACAGUGUGGAGCGGGUACUGCACUACGCCCACAACAUUGAACACGAAGACCUGAUGGAGGAUAUGGAAAAGGCAAUUAAGAAGCAAGAGGAGCGUGACAGACAAAUGGAGAAAAAUGAAAGGAAGAAAAAUAAGAAGGGUGUUGCAAGUGCUGGGAAAAACAGAACGGACGGUGCUGAAGUAAAUCGUCCCACUAAUGGGAUGAGUGGUCCGAAUGGGCACGACUUUGAGGCCGCGAGGGGGUCAUGUGUUUCAAUCCGUGUGACAGGCGGUGCUGAGAGCGAUGAAGAGAAUGGCGGCACAGACAAACCAUCAACUGCCCACGUUCCAUCCCGUCAUUUUCAUUAUACAACAUCAUCAGCCGUGGAGUUCUGCAAUGUAUCGAUGCGGUACCGCCAAGGCCAACCGCUCGUGUUGCGGGAUCUAACCUUUAGGAUUACGACUGGGCAAAAGGUUGGCGUCAUUGGUCGCACUGGUAGUGGCAAGUCGUCGUUGCUCCUCACGCUACUCCGCAUGGUGGAUAUUGAGGGAGGUAACAUCCUCAUUGAAGGUCAUCCCAUCCGGUCCUACCGACUGCGUAAGCUCCGUCAGCUGUUUUCGGUGAUUCCUCAAGACCCGGUGCUGUUUGACGGCACGCUGCGUGAUAACCUCGAUCCUCUUCACACCAGCAGUGACGAGGAGAUUUUUGAGACACUCCGCCUUGUUGGCAUGCAGGACCGUAUUACCUCAAGUGCGGAGGGUUUGAGAAGUCGUGUAGUAGAUUGUGGAGCCAACUUCAGUGUCGGACAACGGCAGUUACUAUGCAUGGCCCGGGCGUUGCUUCGCCGCGACAGUAGGUUUGUUCUCAUGGAUGAGGCCACCGCAAACAUCGAUCCCGCACUGGAUCGUCAGCUGCAGUAUGCCAUUCGUCAUACCUUCGUCACGCACACAGUUAUAACCGUUGCCCACCGUCUUCACACGUUGGCCAGCUAUGACUUGUUGUUACUACUGAAGGACGGACGUGUGGUGGAGACUGGACGCCCAAGAGAUUUGGUGAUGGAUGAAAACUCUCGCUUCUCCCGGAUGGUUGCAGCAAUGGGGGAAAAUGCACUCAAGAACUUCAUGGAAGCCACAGAGAGAGACUCGUUUCCCCGUUAA